GUGUUAACCAGAGAAUUAGUGUAAAGAGCGGCAGAGAUACAUGGGUGGGACAAAGGCUGAAGACAAAGGCUAGAAGCGAAAAAAUCUAAAAACAAGCGCGUAGAAAAAUUCGCAAAUUGCGUCGGAAAGUAUUUUGAACAAAAUUAUUUUGAACAUAUAUCCAACCGAUCCGAAAGCACCUCAGUUGCCCGAAGACCGAAUCUCGAGCUGUGCGGCGGCACCUGUCACCGGGAAAAUUACAUAAACUUACAAAAUACAAAACAAACUCAACAAAAAAUAUAAAUAAUCCGACACAAUUCAAAACAAAGUUCCCCAAAAACCAAAACCAAUCGCCAAACAGAAACUGCCAACAGUCGUAGCUGCGAGGACUUGUCAAGGACUUGACGCAAGGAUCCCCCCAACGGAUCCCCCCCGAAAGCCAGCACAAUGUCGUACCGCGGCAUGCUGAGCACCUCGGACUCCUCGAGCUCCAGGGAUGCCCGUGGCCAGGACGCGGACUCCUUCGACGGCUCCGUGAUGUCUCAUGCCAUGCUGGUGCCGAAGGAGACCGCGCUCCUGAGCUCCAAGGGCAGCAAGGCGAGCAGCCACAAGGGGCUGCCCCAACAGGCCCCCAGUAGUUGUAAGUGUGACAUCAAUGACUCGCCGGUGGAGGAGAAGGCCGAGUCGGACGUGGAGCUGACCAACGAGAUCUCGGCCCCCUACGAAGUGCCACAGUUCCCCAUCGAACAGAUUGAGAAGAAGCUCCAGAUCCAGCGCCAUCUCAAUGAGAAGCAGGCAGUGGCUCCUCGCUCGGCCGCCGCAGCGCAGAUACCGACCCCGAUGAGGGAGUCCUCCAGCAGCGCCGAAGGACACGACGCGGAGUUCGACAUGGACAGGAACGACGCGGACAUCAACUUCCAGCGCGUCUCCAUUUCCGGCGAGGACACCAGCGGCGUGCCCCUGGAGGACCUGGAGCGGGCCUCCACUCUCCUGAUCGAGGCCCUGCGCCUGCGCAGCCACUACAUGACCAUGUCCGACCAGUCGUUCCCCUCGACCACGGCCCGGUUCCUCAAGACGGUGCGCCUCAAGGACCGGAUCGAGAACGUGCCCGCCAAGGCGGUAUCGGAAAUCAUUCGCAAAAUGAGUGUUUCGAGCCUACAAGAUUUCCACACGAGGCCAUCCCAAAUGAGGCUGACGAAUCCCUGGGCCGUGGAGUUCCCUCCGGACGAGGACUACCUGAUCAAGCCCGUGAACGGAGUGUUUCACAUAUACGAGGAUCAGGAUGAGAGCAAGGAGUUGAAGUUCGAGUAUCCGGACAUGAGCCAAUUCGUGAAUGACAUGCAGGUUAUGUGCAACAUGAUAGCCGAUGGACCCCUGAAAUCCUUUUGCUAUCGCCGACUGUGCUACCUGUCCUCCAAGUACCAGAUGCACGUCCUCCUCAACGAGCUGCGCGAACUGGCCGCCCAGAAGGCGGUGCCCCACAGGGACUUCUACAACACCCGCAAGGUGGACACCCACAUCCACGCCGCCUCCUGCAUGAACCAGAAGCACCUGCUCCGCUUCAUUAAGAAGACCCUGAAGAACAAUGCCAACGAGGUGGUCACCUGCACCAAUGGCCAGCCGAUGACCCUGGCCCAGGUGUUCCAGUCCAUGAAUCUGACGACCUACGACCUCACCGUCGACAUGCUGGACGUACAUGCCGAUCGGAACACCUUCCAUCGCUUCGACAAGUUCAAUUCCAAGUACAAUCCCAUCGGGGAGUCCAGGCUGAGGGAGGUGUUCCUCAAGACGGACAACUAUCUGAACGGGAAGUACUUUGCCCAGAUUAUAAAGGAAGUCGCCUUCGAUCUGGAGGAGUCAAAGUACCAAAAUGCCGAACUACGUCUGUCCAUUUACGGAAAGUCUCCAGACGAAUGGGCCAAGCUGGCCAAGUGGGCCAUCGACAACGAGGUCUAUAGCUCCAACAUCCGUUGGCUGAUCCAGAUUCCCCGUCUCUUCGACAUCUUCAAGUCGAACAAGAUGAUGAAGUCAUUCCAGGAGAUCCUGAACAACAUAUUCCUGCCGCUCUUCCAGGCCACCGCCCGGCCCAGCGAGCAUCCGGACUUGCACAGGUUCCUUCAGUAUGUGAUUGGCUUCGAUUCCGUCGACGAUGAGUCCAAGCCGGAGAAUCCGCUCUUCGACAACGACGUGCCCCGGCCGGAGGAGUGGAACUACGAGGAGAAUCCGCCAUAUGCCUACUAUAUCUACUAUAUGUACGCCAACAUGACGGUUCUCAACAAGUUCAGACAGAAGCGUGGCAUGAACACCUUCGUCCUGCGCCCCCAUUGCGGCGAGGCAGGACCUGUGCAGCAUCUGGUCUGCGGCUACCUUAUGGCCGAGAACAUCUCCCACGGCCUCCUGCUGCGCAAGGUGCCCGUGCUCCAGUAUCUCUACUAUCUCACCCAGAUCGGCAUCGCCAUGUCCCCGCUCUCCAACAACUCCCUGUUCCUCAACUAUCACCGCAAUCCCCUGCCGGAGUACCUGGCCCGCGGACUCAUCAUCUCCCUUUCCACGGAUGAUCCCUUGCAGUUCCACUUCACCAAGGAACCUCUCAUGGAGGAGUACAGCAUUGCGGCCCAGGUCUGGAAGCUGAGCUCCUGCGACAUGUGCGAACUGGCCAGGAACAGUGUGAUAAUGAGCGGAUUUCCACAUAGCAUCAAACAGCAGUGGCUGGGACCCACUUACUUCGAGGAUGGCAUCAACGGCAACGACAUCACCCGCACCAAUGUGCCGGAGAUCCGGGUCGCCUAUCGCUACGAGACUUUGCUGGACGAGCUCUCCAACAUCUUCAAGGUCAACCAGACCUGUGGCACUAGCACGGAUCACUAGGGGACGUCUGUGUGUCCACUCCACGGAACUCAAAUCCAAAAUCCAAUCCAAAUCCGCUCCGGCUACGAUUACGGUUUACGGUUUACGGCCACGGGUCCGUGUUUCCGGGCUGUCUUGGCUUCCUACGCUAAUUAUAAAUAAAUAAAACGGAUUAUUAUGAUAUAUAUAUUGUAUAUUUCAUAUUCCAUAUAUAUAUUCGCAAAACACAACCCAAUAUAUAACUGUUUCUGUACUAACCAAGAUAUAACGCGGCAGAAAAAAUUCUUUAAAUAAAACAAACUUGUACACUCA